AUGGCAGGGAAACUUAACGAUAUAGUGUCAGGACGAAACAUAGAUGACAAUGCACUGAGACAGUUCAUACGCAUCUUUGCUGAGGAAUUCUGCUGGUCAUCAGCGACUGAUGACGAGAUACAACGCUGCACGAAUGCUGUCGUCAAUUUCGUCAUCGUCGAUAACAGUUUGGCAACAGCGGUUAUUCAGGAAUUGAUGCAGAAGUUGCGACCAGUUAGUGGCGAGAAUGCCAAAAUAGACCUUUGCGGUCAAGUGUUUGACGGGGUACUAGACUUGAAAAAGAGAUUGAGACAUAUAUUGGUAGACAGUCCGUCAGAUGUUUGUCUCGAAGGUGAUGAUUUGAAGCUAUUAUUAGCAAUAUUGAAAUAUCAUCCAAGAUGUAGAAACGACAUGGAGAAUAUUAACCAUGUGUUUCCAUCAGUACACUUCAAUCCGAAAUACCACGGUAUGCGCUGUUUUUUCUAUCGUCGAAAUGAUGGUAGUUGCGUGGAUUUCAGUUAUGCGCGAUGCGCUGAUUAUGUGAAGACGCGAUAUUCGCGCUUCCAUGAAAGCAUCUGUGAUGUGAUCGUUGAGCUUUGUAGGCUCUUCCCCAGGGUCAUCGGCGUAGUGGCCGAUACUGUGGAGUUGAUUUAUCCACACUACAAUCUGCCCGUAGAACACCAUGUAUCGGUUGCCAGGGCGCUAUGUAACAUUGCACGGCGAGUUAAGCCGCUGCUGUCAGCAGUGUAUCGAAUCCUGCUGAAAAAAAUGACAAUCAUUGAUGCUGAAAUUAAGGUGGAUGAUACCUCAUACUUCAGUGAAGAGAAGAUAAAAGCAUUACGUGUCGAAACCAUGAAGGAGCUUGCUGCUAAGCUUAAAGAUGGUGACAUCAAUAUUGAUGAGGCAAAGGAACGUAUCGGUAACCCUGAAUGGUUCCAAGAACUGUAUGCGAGUACACGUACAGAUGAAGAUAUUGAUGGUAUGACACAAAAAUUAGAUGCACUCAUGGCGAUUAUGUUCGAUGAGAUAGAGCAGGUAAUAACAAUGAACAUGGUCACUCCGUCAACUGAAUGCAAACGUAGUUCACGUAGAAGUAGUGAACUUACAGAAUCAUCAGAUGCAGAAACUGAUUCUGAUGGGGACUACACUCAAUAUGAUUGGGGAUCCCGUUCUAGUGAAAUAGUCGAUGUUAAACAAGAGGUUGGUUCUAGCGGCAAUGUUGCUCUGCAAGAAACCACUUGUGUAUCAUCUUCUGGCUCUGUGAAAUCUGAAUGCCAACAAAACAGACAACUUACCACAGUAGCGGACGUAAUAGUCUCAGAAAUGUUUGAUGUCCUAGAGGAUGUCAUUGUCCCUACGCAGAAAUGUAAAUAUGUACAGUUUCUGUACAUACACUUAGUUUCUUUUCAGAUGUCAUGGGCACAUCUGUUCCUACAGAGGCUCCUUCUGAUACUCUAUGACGAGGAGGCACAUUCUGUGCGUCGCAAAUAUGCGGCAAGCUAUAUUGCCUCUAUGGUAUGUCGUGCAACCUUUAUCAAGGGGCAAGUUGUAUGUAGCAUAGUUUACUAUCUGUUUUCUGUCCUUGCUAAAUUCGAACACCUGUUAGUACAUUGGCAAGAUUCUGCCACCUCUAGUGUAACUUCUGAUCUCACACCUCGAUCGAGGAACAGAUACGGCGAAUCUUCCGACAUGCGGUCUACGGCACAAACAAGCCGUUUGUUUUCGCUUAUCCAAGAUAUACUCCACAUCGUAGGUUACCAUGCCGAUACACUGGGAGCGUCACCUCGCUGUGUCCGUUAUCUACAGGAAGGUGGCAACUCUUUGUCAGCUUUCAUCGACAGUCAUCUCCACCCUGUGGGUCGUAUACGUGAGAAGGUGGUUGAUGAUGCUAUAUCGGCGACGUCUAUAGUCCCUAGUCUGCGGAAGCUACACAUAUCACUAGUGCGUGCUAAAGAGGCGGUGUUCAGCAAUGAUUCGGCAUGUAUCAAAGGGUAUUCUUAUAGGUAUAUAAAGGGAUCUUUUCCGUUUGACAAUUUCGUUCUGUACCACUCCCGUUAUUUCAUCCGCGAGAAAUAUCGCACUCAAACGUUCUAUGAACAGCAAUGUGAGAAGUCUAAUAUUAAACCAGAAAACUUCGAAACUGAUGUUACUGAAGCGAUGCAAAGAACCGUCGCGUCAAAUGUGUAUAUGCCUUGUGGAUAUUCGAUUGGUCGUUUACCUUCAAAAGUUGAAGAAGAUGAAGUCACCGUGGAUCAUGUUGACUCAUGCGCCUCUGGUUCAAGUCCCUCUUUGCGCGCAGUAGGAUCAGUGUACUCGAUGCAAGGUAUGGAUACUAGUGACUGGGGAGCGUUAAAGGCGGAAAGUUGCGGCUACGCAAGUAGCUGUGACGAUCGAGGAUCUCAGAACUCUAUUGGUGGUUCGAGUUCCAUAUCUCAAGUUAUAAAGGAGCGGUUACUGCACAAGCAUCGUCGUCCUGAGAGUUUGAAGAGCUAUGGCGUGGAUUCCUUUUACGAUUUCUGGGAGAAUGACUAUGUUGAUGGAUCUUCACACAUAUCUGACCUUGAUAUGGUGAUGAGAUCUGGUACCUACAAGAAACUUAAAAGCGAGCGCACUCGGCAGGUUGAAUUUGAGCCUGUGGCACGCGGCGCGUCAACCCGUGAGGAAAGCAGUGAUAACCAUCAGCUCAUAGUUAUCGGUAUCGACCAAUUAGAUGACUUUGAACUUUCACUUUCAAGUUCCAUCCUGGUUAACGCACCCCGCCGUGGAUCCGGUCGUAUAUUCGACCUGUUGACGUCAACAGCUGCUUACAAAUCUGCUAUAGUGAACUCAGAAGUGACUAAAAGGAGUAACAAGCAAUAUCAGGGCACAUAUUAA